CGCCAUGGCCGCCGGCCGCCAGCACUGACCAGCGCCGCUGUUUGACCGCCUACCGCAGCCCCCGAGAGCACCAGGACCGUCAGAGGCCGUCCGAUGGCCUGGUCCAGCUGAUCUCCGAUAUGUUCCUGUUGCGACACCGUCGCGGGGCCUCCGGCCGGCCGCCGCUGCCCCGCCAAAGCUCGCUGGCGGCGGCUCGCCCUCCGUCGCUCUCCGAGCUGCCGCGCUCGCCCUCGCUGCCCUCCCGGCUCUCCGGCGACGAGCCGCGCGUGCGGCGCACGCUCAGCGACGCCGAGGAGAGCCAGCGGUUCGACGAGUACAUGCGCUCGCUGAAGUGGGCGCUGGCCGUGCUGCUGCUCGUCUGCGUGGUCGCUGGCGUGUACAGCCUGUCCGGGAACCAGCGACUGCGCGCGUCCGUGGCUCGUCUGUGGCCUGGCACGGGGUGAGGCGGGCCGGGUAGAGCUUCAGCGAGCUCGGACACCACCGCGAGAAAGGUCAGCACUGCGAGAACGGCUGGGACGCCGGGAACGGCAACUACCCCGACUACGGUUAUUAUAGCCGUACCAGUAUGGCGAGUACGUCGAGAAUGACCAACGGCCAGCACGGCGCGAACUUCCAGCACGUCUAGCACUGCGGAUGGCGUGCGAUCGAACCACCGUGACCAGACCUGUUGAGGAAGGUCCGGUACUUACGCGCCCCCUGGCCCGAUAGACAAACAGGGCGAAGGUAGCUGAGAGGCCCGCGCCGUCCGCUGCCGGCCCGCCCUGUUUUCUCUCACAACGCUGCACGUGUCGCGUCUAGGUGUUGCCCUGCGCCCAGUCCAUCCGACGGCUUACGCUCUUCAUGACUGUGAUACUGCGCCGAACGCACCAAUGCACGCGGGGCGGAGGCAUUGCUGUUCUAUAUGGAUGCGUUGACCAUUUGUGGGAUCUCGAAUCAAGUCAGUUGUUUAGUUGUUAGCUUAUCUAUGCCUGUGAAGUGGCGCAAUCUGGGAGCACACCGAUUUUCUAGUCAUUGACGCUUUUACCUGGCAUUGUUAUGUGAAUGUAACCCUGUCUUCAAAUAUAAAUGCCUU